AUGCCCCCAAUCCUAGAUCAGCAAUCCCAAUCUAACAACUCUGGUAUACAACAACAACAACAACUAUCUUCACCAUCCAAAAUGACCAAUAACACGUCUCCAGAAACUAAAUCUACUUCUUCUCCUUCUUCCUCUUCUAAACAACCUUCACUGCAUUCAACUUCCUCUGAUACACCCACCUCUUCUUCUUCUUCUUCUUCUUCUUCUUCUUCUUCUUCUUCUUCCUACUUUGGUCACAACAAAUCUGAAGUCACUCGCCUAAUCCUUCAAGCCUUGAACGACCUGGGCCACCAAGAUGUUGCCCAACUGCUAGAACAAAAAACCGGCCUUAGUACUGAACUCCCCGUCGUCGCAUCUUUCCGAACAGCCAUUCUUGCCGGAGCUUGGGACCAAGCAGAAUCUCUCCUCACAGACCUUGACAUUGCUCCAUGUAUUGACCGUCACUACCUUUCAUUUCUUAUUCGCCGCCAACAGUUUCUCGAACUCCUGGAGUCACGAGACACUGAAACCGCCCUCGUCAUUCUAAGAACAAAAAUCGCAACUCUCACAACAGAUAAUGCCUCUAAAGACCUCCAACAUCCUACCCAUGAAAAAAUUGAAGCCCGCAGAGCUCAAAUUAGACAGCUCUCUACCCUGGUAAUGUACUCUCAUGAAGAUAUUACUAAAAUUCUUUCCUGGGAUGGCGUUCGCAACCAAUCUCGCAGAUUCCUCCUAAACUCUCUCCAAGAAUUAAUUUCCCCAGAUAUGCUCAUCCCCCGCCACCGUCUAGCAAAACUCCUCAAACAAGCGCAAGAGUUCCAACUCUCCCGCAGUAACUACCGCAUCACUGACACUCCAUUUUCUCUCAUCCUGGACUACCCAGAUGACCGUACCCAGUUCCCCACCCGCACCGCUCAUAUUCUCACCGAACACUCGGACGAGGUCUGGUUUAUCAACUUUUCUCAUGAUGGAAAGUACCUGGCUUCCGCCUCCAAAGACUGCUCCGUCAUUGUUUGGCGGGUCGACGACUGGUCCAUUUUCCGCAGACUUGGCGGUCACAAGCGAGGUGUUCUAAGCGUCGAAUGGUCCCCAGACGAUACCAUGAUUCUGACCUCCUCCGAAGAUAGCACAGCCAUAUUGUACGACUUGGCCACAGGGGAAAAGCUCCACGAAUUGAAGACCCAUACAGAUGUGGUUUGUUCCUGCGCUUGGCUACCAUCAUCAAAAUACUUUAUUACAGCAGGUACAGACUCGAAAAUGUAUCUCUUUGAUAUUAACGGCAAGCAGGUGGAUGCCUGGUCCAACUCCCGCAUGGCUGAUAUGGCUAUCACUCCGAAUGGUAAAAUAAUUAUCACUCUGGGCUUUGACCGUUCUAUAAGCUUCUUCAACCUUGUUGUCCGCGCACGUAUUGUUAGGCUCGGGACUGGUAAUGCUAUUUCUGUUUCAGUAUCAAAGGAUUCCCGUUACGCUCUGGUCAAGCUAGAUACUGACGAGCUUGACCUGUGGGACCUAUUAACUGUGCGAAUUGUACGUAAGUACUUUAGCCAACCGGAACGUGUUGGUAAGAAUAUCCUUGGUCAGGUGGAAAAGUUUGUUUUACGUUCAUGCUUUGCAGGCCCCCAAGAAAACAUUGUGGUUUGCGGAAGCGAGGAUAGUAAUGUUUAUGCGUGGAACCGAGAAACAACCAAUCUGAUUGAGACAAUAAGAGGACACUCAAAGUGUGUAAACUGUGUGCGCUUCAAUCCGGUUAUUCCAGACAUGAUGGCUUCUUCAAGUGACGAUGGAACCAUUCGUAUCUGGCGAUCCCAGAAAAAGCAGCAGCAGCAACAGCAGCAGUAA